UGUGGGUCUGUACCUUUGGGUGUGAAUGAUACCUUGAUUAGUGACUUACCCGUUUUCCCCUAAAGGCUCUACUGUGAUAGUGAGAUUGCCAUGAGAUCUAAGUGCAGAGACAUUCACCAAUCAAGCUCCCUGCCUUCCAUCUUGGAUACUUACUUAUCACCUGCUGGUGUCAGAAAGGCAGAAAAUGAAGACAAGGCUCAGCAGCGGAGGAGGAGGACAGUCCAGCAUGACUGCGACCCAGACCAGGAGGCCAAGGCCAGGCGUCAGGCUCAGCUGGAGCAGCGCCAUCUAGAGGCGUACAUGAACCUGCACCGUCUCAGAGAUGCUCUGUAUGAGCGCUACGCUGCCCUGCUGACAGAAAAGGUCCAAUCACAAAGACAGGAGCUGCAGCGGCGAUACGAGGCAGCCAGAGCGAAGUCACACAAUCAGACUAAGCAGACACCAAGGAAGCUGGCCUUCUCCAUAUUGCAGCACAAUGACUCAUACCUGAAGUCCCUCCCCAAAACCAGACAUUACCUGAUCUGGGGCCUUCAGAAGGAGUUAGCGCAGCGUGGAUGUCUGAAAACCCACGGAGACCUAGAGGACUUUUAUAGGCUCAUCAACUAUAACCAGAGUCUAUCACAGCUUCAGAAAAAUCUCCAGGACAUCAAGAAGAAGAUGACCGACAGCAGAUCUGCAGCCGAUCUGAUGACUGAGCAGAAGACGUGUGGAUCACCCAGAUUCCCCCUCACCGCUGAGAAGACGGGACACGAGGACCACUUUUCAUGCUCCAGGCCUCCCUCACAGAGCAGCUUGUUAGAGCGAGGGUCUGGUUCAGGGCAGAGUUCGGCGGAGCUGCUCCUCAGCGGCAGCAAGGAGGAGGAAGAAACUGAGCAAAUGUUUCCCAAGAUGAAAGUCCCCACAUUUGUGAGCCUGCAGCCUAACUUUCUAGGAAACCUAAAGAGCAAGAUACCACAAUUGAUAAUCCCUGAGAUUCCAGAGAAAAGCAGGAAAGCCGACAUUUACUUGGGAUGGCUGAGGCACAUGCAUGAUAUUUCCAUUGAGAACAUGAUUUUCUCCCAGAGACUGCUGGACAGAGAGAGAGACUCCCUGUGCUGGCAGGAGGAGCGCAGCGUCCAAGAUUUGGUGCCAUGUAUAUUUCCAAGCAUUGACUCCAAACAAAAGAAAACAAGCCAAGCAUAUCAAACGCCUCUCCAGCCUCUGAAACGGCCUGGGAGUGUCCAGCGUGACCCACCUCAGGUUCCUCAACAGCGGGGCAAAAUAAGCUCUGCAAGCUGCCAGUGUCUUGAGACUACAGAUUGGGACACAGCAGUGUGCCGCAGCAGAACACCCGACCCGCUAUCUAUGGAGGAUGUCUGCCAGCAAAAGCAUGUGGAGGUAAAAGAUUGCUCCCAUGGGAAUAGUUUUAUUAAAUAUUCUAAUAGUAAGUCAUCUUUUCUGUCUCUCGUUUAGGUAAUCGACCGUGGAUUCAAGCUAUGGAGCAACUACACAGACUACUGAGGCUGGACCCACAUACAGCAUCUGCUUUUAGGGCUGGUCUGUAGUGUGCAAAUACUGAUCUUUCUAUAUCAGAAAUAUUCACAUUUUACUCCCCUUGUUCUACAUUUUAUCAAUGAUUUUCUGUGUAAUAGUCAGUAGUGUCCUACUGUUUUAUCUCAGUUAGAUGACUAUAAAAUUGUUUUAGGGUUUUUAUAGGGUAGCCAUGUAGUAGUAUAUCAUGAUAUGACAAAUGUAGGCAUUUUAAAUUAUAUAGGCUACACAGUCAA